AUGUCCGAUCUCGUCCCCUUCACCGGCGCUGAGCUGUUCCAAACGUGUUGGUUCAACAACAGUCUCGACUCACGACAAGGCUUGCGUGCCAGGCUCCACCGCCGAAGCCUCCCCCAGACCUUCCAGGGUCCGUCGGGCGCCGGGCUCGCUCGCCAGCUCGCAGCAUGGGUCUGGCAUGGAGGUCCUGAGCGUGCAAUGUGGGAGAAGAUGGAUCUCUUCCAGCUUCAUUUGGAGCACCGAAAAUUUUUCUACCAGUUUCUCAAGCUCACACGAUUCAUUGGGCUGUGGAAACGUGGUGAGCAGGUCCUCCGCAGCAAGUGGAGCAGCAACGAGGAAGGAGCGUUCAGGCAACUUCAUUCCAUCUUUAAAUGA